CACCCACCCCGCCCCUCGCUCUCUCCCCGCCCCGCGCCCUCGCUUCUCUGUCAUCGCGGCGCCGUUGACGUCUGGGCUACGUAUCGAGGCGACAUCCAGUCGGCGCACACGGCAGCCUCUGACGAGCGCCCGUACGUAACGAAGCGGCGGGCCUCGGAGGGUACAAAACAGCAUGUCAGAGGGACAACAAGGUGUUGUGUCUGUGAGUGCCGGAGAGGGAGAAUCACAGCUUGUGACAGUGGAGCAGCUGCAAGUGUCUGCUGCAGGCCAGGUGGUGACAACCGGUGGCCCAACCAUGGCGGUGGUGCAGCUGCCUGGGGGGCAGACAGUGCAAGUGCAGUCGGUUAUCCAGGCAGCACAGCCUUCUGUUAUCCAGUCUCCACAGAUACAGACCAUACAGGUGGCUGCUAUUUCUGAGGAGGCUGCAGAUGGCUCUGCUAUCUCACAGAAGCGGCGGGAGAUCCUGUCCAGACGGCCCUCUUACAGGAAGAUACUCAACGACCUGUCAUCAGAUGGACCUGUGGUGUCCAAGAUUGAUGAGGAGAAGAGUGAGGAGGAGGGCACAGCUACCAUCAGCACCGUCACAUUGCCCACACCCAUCUACCAGACCAGCACUGGCCAGUACAUUGCAAUCGCGCAAGGCGGCGCGAUACAGAUCGCCAAUGGCGCGGAGGGUCUCCAGACGCUGACCAUGACGAACGCAGGCAACCAGCAAGGGGGCGCCACCAUUGUGCAGUACGCACAGACCAGCGACGGGCAGCAAUUCUUUGUACCGGGCAGCCAAGUCGUCGUGCAGUCUGCAUCAGGCGAGACGUACCAGAUUCGUACUCCGACGAGCGGGCUCUCUCAGAGCGUGGUGGUGUCCGCGUCCCCGGGGGGCUUGGCCAGCCCCCAGGGGGGUGCCGAGGAGUCCACGCGCAAGCGCGAGAUCCGCCUCUACAAAAACAGGGAGGCAGCACGUGAAUGUCGGCGGAAGAAGAAGGAGUACGUGAAGUGCCUGGAGAACCGCGUAGCUGUGCUGGAGAAUCAGAAUAAGACCCUCAUUGAGGAACUCAAGACGCUCAAGGACCUGUACUGCCACAAGAACGACUAGCACACACGCACCACCCACCAAACUCACUCAACCCGGGUCCUCAUGGUAACCAUGGUCCCCAGCCUUGCCCUUUACACGAUUCAAAAGACUCCUUUUUCUGAAUGCCCUUGCCAGCCUAGAAGAAGUCUCAGUAGGUUUCAUCCAAAAAACAAUGGUAGGGUGAGUUGCAAACGCUUGCUUCACUUUUUGGCAUAUCGGCAGUUUCCACUGGAAUUUUCAGCAGAUAACUGCAGAUAUUUGGCAGUUGAUAUGGUGAAUGUUGGCUGUAAUUGCCUUUCUGCAAGCACAGAAUGGAUAAGAGAUAUUCCUGUAAUUGUCGAGGUAUACAAGGUAACUCUCCCAUUGCCAAAAAGUUAAAAGAAAACCAACAAAAUGUAAGUCCUCUAUGAGCAACUUAAGUUCGAUUUUUGCUGGAUGAAGUAAACUGCUGCGCUUGGCCCAGUAAAAGAAGAUGAAUUAAAACUUAGUCUUGGGCAUAAAUGGUAAUGUAAAAAUGAUUUUUAAAUAAUGAUAUUGAUGUAUUUGCAUAAAACAGUUUGGGUUAUAUGUAAUGAAUAUAUAUAUAAAAUGGUUCAUAAGAUUUAUAUUUUCUACUUUAUCUGUUCUGUAUUUUAAUUGGAUAGAAGAUAUCUGGAUGCCUAGCAUUUAUUUAUCCAUUUUUAGUGACGCGAUUAUGACCACAAUAGAAUGCCUGUUAAAUUGAAAGCAGCACUGCAGUAAUAUUUGGCUUUUGAUAACAAGUUGCAGUGUUUCCGUUGACUGUUUAGGGCUCAUUAUGGGUGCCCUUUCGUGAUUUGUAUGUUUUGUAAAUCUGCAGGACAUUUCGGCCAUGAGCAUUGGCAUGCAUUGGUUAUUUAAAAAUACUCAUUUACAAUGAAACAAAUAAAAACGUCUUUUGCAAAAUAGGUAUUUUUGUGUAGCUGUUAAAUAGGCCCACAUUUUGAGGUAAACUUUUACAGGGAGAUGUAUCAAUUUUUUUAAGUCCUAUGCAUGCCAUGGAGCCUCGUGUACAAACUUGAUGGUUUGAUUUUUCAAAGAAUAAUUAUCAAUAGUUCUAAGGAGCGUUCAUGAACAUUUAAACAAAAACACAAUUUACGUACUAGGUCCGUUAAUGUUGCCUUUGAUUAUUUGUGUCCCUGUGUUUGGUCCUCCGGCAGAUUCUGAUUGGACAAAGAUAAAUGUGCAUUCAUAAUCAACGUUUUUGGGUUUAGAUCGCGUUUAUUUAUAAAUGUGUC